AGAGGUAGUUUUGAUUUUCUAUACUUUUAUAAUCGAUUUUUGUUAUUAUUAAUCAUUCUUUUAUUGUUGUAGGAGAUUUCAUGUGUUACUGUUGCACAUACACUUAAAUUUAACUUAGGAAAUGAUGGAUGGAGUUACUUGGUUUGUAACUUAUGCGCAAAAAGAACAUAUGAAGUUGGUUCUUUUAAGUGUUUGAAUUGUGAUGGUUAUAAUUAGUAUCCAAAAAUGAGAUACAAGCUUGAAAUUCAAGUGACUGAUGGAAAAAAGGUUGCUAACUUCAUGCUUUGGGACCAAGACUGCAUCAAUUUAAUUGGUGUUUCUACUGGUGAUUUGCGAAAGAAAAUGAUCAAGGAUGGUGAGGAGGAUCCUAAGUGUUUUCCAAAGGAUCUAGACGUUCUUUUGGGUUGUACUUUGGCUUUCAAGGUCAAGCCCCAAGGAAAUAACCGACCUGCUUCAGUAAUGAGAGUUUCAACUGAUCGUGAAAUUAUAGGUCACAUUAGUAGUAUUCUUGGACAAACUCAGGCAAUUGAGGUUGGAAAACGUAUGAGUGCCAGUGAGUCUGAUGUACAUACUCAUACUGGGAGUUCUUUAGCAAUGGAACUUGCUGAAUGUGGUGAUAAUGCAGCAUGCGACUUAUCUGCUGAUACUGAUAGUUCAUUAAUGUGCCUUUCUAGGACUGCUGAUCUUGAUCCAGAUAUUGUUUUAUGUGUCAUGCCCAAAAAAGAUGUUUGUACUACCAGUAACAAUGAAGACAUAGAGUACAUUCCAUCAAAUUUCAUGGAAUUUGAUCUUUUGGAGGACAUGCCAUUAGCCCAAUUGUCAGCUACAAAGACAAUGAAGACUAUCAAGAAGGAGAAAUGAUAUUUAAUUUAUGAAAGCCUUGGAAAUUAUUGUAGUAAAUGUUGCUUAAAACUUUAUGUUCAUUUUGUUAGAAAUGUUUUGGCUCCUUCAAAGGCUACAU